AUGUCCAAGGAAGAGUUCGUCGAGAUGAUGACUUCGUUCGUGUUUGAUGUGCAGCAGAGCGUGGGUUUCGACACGGACGCUUCGCGUACGCUCUUGGCGAUGCUCGAUGUAGCGCUUGCACCACUUCGUUCGCGUUGCCAGACCACGCACGAUGCCGUCGCGCACUUGGAGCGUCAUAUCGGCCGGAUCCUCGUUCGUCGCUAUGGUGACAUUCGGACGCGAUUCCUCCGCUUCGAUCGGCAAACCAGUGGGUACAUGAGCUACUCGGACUUUCGAAGUGCCCUCGAUGUCCUCAACUUGGAUGUCGACCCCUCCGUCCUUGCCCGACUCUUUCAAAAAUACGAUCCGCAAGGACAAGGACGCAUUAACUACACCAACUUCUUGCAUCUCGUUCAUGCAACCGACUCGGAGCCUCCACGGUCCGAAGCCCACGAUGCAUUGGCGUCGCUGGCGCUCUGCGGACCUCCCGUCGACACCGACGACUUGGCGUUACUGGAACACCGGCGCACAGAAGAGCUCGUGGCGCAUAUUCGCGCAAAGUUGUAUCAGCGCGGCAUGUCCGUUCGCGACUUGUUUUUGCAGAUGGACCAAGGCAGGUACUCGUUCCUCACCCUGGGCGAAUUGCACCAUGGCUUCAAAUCUAUCAUUGGCGUCGACAUGCACAUGAAGGAGCUCAUGUACUUGACCCGACACUUCACCCGAAAACAGGACCAGCUAUCGCUCGUCGAUUUCGGCAAGCUCUUGGAAGGUUUCUCGAGUUGGCACGGAUCAACCGUGUCACGGACCCAGAGGGACGGAGCAAACGCAAUCAAGACGGCCGCGGCCCAAAUCAGCACUGCAAGGAUAUCCCAGUCGUCGCUUGCCGUGGGUACCUCCGCCCCCUCGUGUUUUGACCCAACUUUUGAAGCCAAGCUGGCAUCGGUGCUCCAAGACAAAGGCAUGCCGCUACGGAGACUCUUUGAUUUGAUGGCCCCGCGGGGGUCGCUCGCGCCACUGGCGUUCCACAAGCACCUGUGUCGAUGGGGGCUGGACAUUCCAGACGAAGCCGACGUCGUCCGCCUCGUCGCGUAUUUUGACACGAACGGAAAUGGUGCGCUCGAAUUCAACGAAUUCGUUCGAUUGUGCCAGCGACUCUGCCGAUAACAUAGAGAAGUGCCAUAAAAUGAAAAACGACGCCAUGUCAUGCGCGCGAUCCCA